UAGCGGAAUGAAAUAAAGGUAUUUAAAAUUACAGAAAAAUCAAGCAAUGAAAGGAGACACUUUAAGCUAAAAGUAUUAAAGGUAACUGGGGUCUCUCUGUGAGUACGCAAGAUGAGGUGUUUUAUAAAGGAAGGAAUCAUAGCACUGACAAACGGAGGACAAGAAGCAAUGCAGAAACAAACUCCCAUCAUGGCACCACCGAUCAAGCAAAAUGCUAAAAACAAGAUUCAACGACCCUUCUCUAUUGAAAGCAUCCUAUCUCUUCCUUCACCUGAAAUCAAACAAAAGAUUGACAGUUGUCAGCAGAGAUCAGUGUGGGCACAGAACAGGCAAAGCCCAUUAACUACUUCUCAGGAUGACCAAUCUGUGACUGUAUGCAGCUGUUGUUGUUGUGUACAUUCCCAUCACCAAUCUGCUGAGGAUCCUUCAUGGCUUGCUACACAUAUCCACUGGCCCCUCCACGUGCUGCACGCCUUCUCGGAAGAUGGGGCAAGACUUGUCCAGAAGACUGCUCCAGGGAUAAAUGCAUUUCCACUUAACCAGCGCCGGACUCGCCGGCAUCGUACUAUAUUUACAGAAGAACAAUUAGAGGCUUUAGAGGAAACCUUUCACCAUAACCAGUACCCAGAUGUGAUAGCUCGAGAACAGCUGGCAGGACGAAUUCAACUUAGAGAAGAGCGAGUAGAGGUAUGGUUUAAAAACCGCAGAGCAAAGUGGAGGAGGCAAAAAAGAGUCACAGCAUCUGUUCUCGUCCUCCAGGGGAAGAAAAACACAGAUGACUCUUGCUAGUAGGCAAUGCCACGAUGUGGAAGCAUGAAAAAAACCUUUUCUGUUAACUGAUAUUUUCUACGUUUUAGAUCAUUGUACAUUGUACCAAAUAUAA